AUGCUCAUGUGCAUGGCGCUUACAUUCAUCCAGGUGUUCGUGAUAACAGGAGCCAAUUCAGGAGUGGGGUUUGAGCUGGCAAAAAUCCUAUAUGCUGCAAAUGCCAAGAUCUACCUGGCUGGCAGAUCCGAGAAGCGCGUGUUGGAGGCGAUUCGACUGAUUCGAGAUGAGACCCCCCUUUCCCAGGGGGAUUUGGUAUGGCUACCAUUGGACCUGUCCGACCUGGCUUCUGUGAAAAUGGCAGCCGAGGAGUUCUUGAGCAAGGAAGAGAGACUCGAUAUUCUUUGGAAUAAUGCAGGGGUCAUGUGCACUCCCACAACGGACAAAUCAGAGCAGGGUUAUGAUCUACAAUUGGGUACAAACGUGCUUGGACCUUAUCUUCUCACCAAAUUGCUAUACCCCAUCAUAGAAAAAACGGCACGAAUCUCACCUCUCAAUUCAGUGAGAAUUUGUUGGGCCAGCUCGAUUACAAUAGAGCUGGCUCCUCAUGGCGGAGUGAAGAUAGACGAUUCCGGCUCGCCGGUAUUCACGAACGAUAGACUAACUAAUUACUGCGCUUCGAAAGCUGCCAACAACUUGCUGGCAUCCGAGUUCGGCAAGAAAUGUCGACGAGGAAACGUACUCAGUAUCGCAUUCAACCCAGGGAAUCUAAACACAGGAUUGACGCGGUACAUGACAAUGCCCAUCUUGGGGUCAAUCGUCCCUCGUCUUAUGAGCCUCGUGAUGUGGCCAGCCAGAUACGGAGCGUAUACAGAGCUUUACGCGGGUCUCUCUCCAGAAUUGACAAUUGAGAAACAUGUUGGCGCGUUCAUAUGGCCAUGGGGACAUGUUGGGUAUCUACGUCCAGACAUUGAAGACUCCCUGCGGUCACAGGAAGAGGGUGGGUCUGGGAAGGCCACACAAUUACUGACAUGGUGCGACCGAGAGGUGAAGAACUUUACAUGA